ACCCCCAACACAGUUUUCUCAGCGACUUGUUCACCAUUUUUCUCCUUCAAACAAGAACAAGAACAACAACACGUCGUCGUUUUCAACGAUCAAUCAUCUCGUUUCUUCUCAUUGCUCAUCAAAACCUAUAUAAAAAGGCCUCCAAUUUCACACUUUCUCGUUCUGUUUUCCCGUUAGGGUUUCGAAUUGUUAUAGCGGUGACUGUUGUUUGUCUGGAAGGAUUAGAUUUGAUGGAGGUUAAGAUAUCGGAUGAGUUUUUGGGAACCGUGGCUCCGUUAGUGGUGUACUGGAUUUAUUCUGGAUUUUACGUCUUGUUUGGAUCCAGUGAGAAGUAUCGAUUGCACUCCAAGAAAGAAGAAGAUGAUAAGAAUCUCGUUUCCAAGAAAACUGUUGUCAAAGGUGUUCUUCUUCAACAGGCUAUACAAGCUGUUGUUGCUAUCAUACUUUUCACUGUUACUGGGAGUGAUGAAAGUCCGACAACCAACGGAAGUCUUUCUGUAUUCGAUCUGGGCCGUCAGUUCUUUACAGCGAUGGUGGUUCUAGACACAUGGCAGUACUUUAUGCACCGAUACAUGCACCAAAACAAGUUUCUAUACCGCCAUAUUCACUCACAACAUCACCGCCUCAUCGUCCCAUACGCAUACGGAGCUCUUUACAACCAUCCAUUAGAAGGCCUUCUUCUCGAUACAAUCGGUGGGGCUCUCGCUUUUCUUCUUUCAGGCAUGUCCCCUCGCGCCUCGAUCUUCUUCUUCUCAUUUGCCACCAUUAAAACCGUCGAUGAUCAUUGCGGAUUAUGGCUUCCUGGAAAUCUCUUUCACGUCUUUUUUCAAAAUAAUUCCGCGUAUCACGACGUACACCACCAGCUUUACGGCACCAAGUAUAACUACUCGCAGCCCUUCUUUAACGUAUGGGAUAAAAUCCUUGGGACCCACAUGCCAUACACGCUUGAAAAGAGGGAAAAUGGCGGUUUUGAAGUUAGGCCGGUAAAAGUUGUCAAGGAUGAUUGAUUCAUUCAAUUCGCCUCUUUUCUAGGCUGUAUACAUUAAAAUUACAUGUAAUUUUUUCCUUAAAUGUUGCAGCGUAUUAAUGUUAUCAUAAAUAUCCGAUAUAAUAUAUAGUGUGUUGACAAAUAAAUAGUUUCUUGUUGUAUUCCUUGUUUGAGGUAAUGUAAAUUUAAAUUCAAACUGAUGUUUGUAACAUGUUGACUUUACAUUUUUUCGUAUUCAUGUGAUUUUUCUUUUUGCU